AUGGAAACACUGAUACACCGUAGACCCUCAAAGAGAAGAUACAGAAUACUCCCUUCAACUUUCUCUGGUUCAUCUCAAGAGCAGAGAAAUUCAGUAUGGAAGAUCUUGAAGAAAGUAUCUCUGAAGUUCAACAAAUUUGUCACAGUUGAAAAAUUGAAAGCCAUUCUAUUACACAACAGCAGAAGCAAUUCAAGAAAGUUCCGGGAGCCUCUUAUGGAUAGUUUUCACCAUAAUGGGAUUGAAAAUGACGAUACACCAGUCGAUCAAGUCAUUCAGAAGGAACCAACUUGCCAAAAACUUCACCAGAAUUCAGUCAGAAUGAGAAUAUAUGUCAAAAUCCCGUCAAACCAGAGAACCAGUGUACUAGAAGCAAAAGAGUACCAUAUCAUCAAUGACAUCAAAUCCAUGAUUUAUUUGAAGGAGGGAAUCCAAUCAAAUGAGUACAGUUUGGUUUAUGGUGGGAAACUUCUUCAAGAUUACAGGAAUUUAUCCUCACUUAACAUUCUUACAGAAUCAACCCUUCAUAUGAUUUUCAAUCCAAGAGAUGUGGUGUCAAUUUUUGUGAAAACACCAAUUGGGAAGGUUGUGGAAUUUGAAGUUAAGGUCUUGUACACCGUACGAGAUGUCAAGCAGAUUGUUGAGAGCUAUAUAGGGUGUUCUGUUGUUGAUUGUAGUAUGGUUUAUGAAGGAAAUGAGCUUCUGGAUUUCAAGACCUUGGCUUUCUACAACAUUGAAGACAAUUCCACUCUAGAGGUGAAGCCUUCUUGGAUUCAGAUAUUUGUCAAGACAUGGAGUGGAAAAAUCAUUACACUUGAUGUGACACGAUCUAAUACAGUAAGAGAGGUAAAGGAAAAGAUAUUCUGUAAGAUUAGAGUGCCUGUUAUUCAUCAGAGUAUUGUAUUUGCUGGAAAACGCCUUGAAGAUAAGUGCUCUAUUUCAAGUUACAACAUUCAGAAACAGUCCACUAUCCACAUGGUUAUGGCUUGGUGAAACAAAUUCCACCACAGUUAAUUAUGAGAUGGAAUCCUGGUCAUUUUUGAGUUUGAUAAACACUGGAUGUAUAGUUGUGUAUAGAACCAAAUCUG